AGCCUGGUUGGCAGCUGCGGCGCAGAGUCCCGGCGCCGGUGCGCGGAGCGGUUCAGCGUCUUCGGAGCGCGGUUCAGCCCAGCCUUUCGCCUCGGCGCCCAGGCCCGGUGCGCGCGUGCGUGAGCGCGCCUGCGCCGCCGGGACCGCUGCAAGCUGAGAGCCACCGCCUCAGGAGGACCCCUUUGCCCCCAGAAACUACUCAAUGCUGAAACCUUUCAAAGUGAUAUUAGAGAACUUGGCGGCGCCAUGGAUGGGUUUUAUGAUCAGCAAGUCCCUUUUAUGGUCCCAGGGAAAUCUCGAUCAGAGGAAUGUAGAGGCCGGCCUGUGAUUGACAGAAAGAGGAAGUUUUUGGACACAGAUCUGGCUCAUGAUUCUGAAGAGUUGUUUCAAGAUCUCAGUCAACUUCAAGAGGCCUGGUUAGCUGAAGCACAAGUACCUGAUGAUGAACAAUUUGUCCCAGAUUUUCAGUCUGAUAACUUGGUGCUUCAUGCCCCGCCUCCAACCAAGAUCAAACGGGAGCUGCACAGCCCCUCAGCCGAGCUGUCGUCCUGUAGCCACGAGCAGGCUCUCGGUGCUAACUAUGGAGAAAAGUGCCUCUACAACUAUUGUGCCUACGAUAGGAAGCCUCCCUCUGGGUUCAAGCCAUUAACCCCCCCUACCACGCCCCUGUCACCCCCUCACCAGAAUUCCCUCCUUCCGCCUCCUCAGGCAGCUCUGCCCACCUCUGCACAGGCCCCGGCAGCUGUCCCGGUACAAGGCGUGGGCCCUGCCCCCGCCCCUCACUCACUGCAAGAACCUGGACCACAGCAACAAACCUUCGCGGUCCCCCGACCACCACAUCAGCCCCUGCAGAUGCCAAAGAUGAUGGCUGAAAACCAGUAUCCAUCAGAACAGAGAUUUCAGAGACAACUGUCUGAACCCUGCCACCCCUUCCCCCCUCAGUCAGGACUUCCUGGAGACAGUCGUCCCAGUUACCAUCGGCAAAUGUCAGAACCCAUUGUCCCUGCAGCUCCCCCGCCCCCUCAGGGAUUCAAACAGGAAUACCACGACCCGCUCUAUGAACACGGGGUCCCAGGCAUGCCGGGCCCCCCAGCACACGGGUUCCAGUCACCAGUGGGAAUCAAGCAGGAGCCCCGGGAUUACUGCGUUGAUUCAGAAGUGCCUAACUGCCAGUCCUACUUGAGAGGGGGCUAUUUCUCCAGCAGCCAUGAGGGUUUUUCAUAUGAAAAAGAUCCCCGGUUGUACUUCGACGACACUUGUGUGGUGCCUGAGAGACUGGAAGGCAAAGUCAAACAGGAGCCCACGAUGUAUCGAGAGGGGCCCCCUUACCAGAGGCGAGGUUCCCUACAGCUGUGGCAGUUCCUGGUCACCCUUCUCGAUGACCCAGCCAAUGCCCACUUCAUUGCCUGGACAGGCCGAGGCAUGGAGUUCAAGCUGAUAGAACCUGAGGAGGUUGCUCGGCGUUGGGGCAUCCAGAAGAACCGGCCAGCCAUGAACUACGACAAGCUCAGCCGUUCUCUACGUUACUAUUAUGAGAAGGGCAUCAUGCAGAAGGUGGCAGGCGAACGGUAUGUCUACAAAUUUGUCUGUGACCCGGAUGCCCUUUUCUCCAUGGCCUUCCCUGACAAUCAGCGUCCGUUUCUGAAGGCAGAGUCCGAGUGCCACCUCAACGAGGAGGAUACCCUGCCACUGACCCACUUUGAAGACAACCCCGCUUACCUCCUGGACAUGGAUCGCUGCGGCAGCCUCCCCUACGCUGAAGGCUUUGCUUACUAAGCUUCUGAGUGGCUGAGCAGCCAAACCCUAGAGCUAGCAGUUCCCGUUCAGGCAAACGAGGGCAGUGAUUUUGUUUGUGUUUUUGGCAGUUCCCAAAGCUUGCCCUUUGAGGAUUAUCUGGAGAGCCUGAGCCAUUUCUGGACGGGCACCCUUAAAGACAGACACCUUGGCUAGGGAGUGGGAACAGGGAGGGCAGAAAACCACCAAGGGGAAGAGGCGGCUGCCUCCGCUCUGAUGCCGACGAGGUUUCUGGGUAGAGAUUGAAAUAGAGCCUCCUUACCAUGGACAAUAUAUGCAAAGCAAUACCUUCUUCAGGUUAGUACCCACAAACCGGGAGGGAGUGUGACCAUCUUCGCUGAUCACGGACUACUAAAUGCCUUUACACGGAGGGGCUCUGAUUUGCACCAUGCAUGGAAACAUCACAAACCCACAGAAGAGUAGCUAGGCUAAGCUGGGGAGGCUCAAGCCGUGAAGGGUUAAAAAUACAUCUUGGAAUUCGGAGCUCAACCUGAAACGUGUCUCCUUGGUCUAGAAGGAAGAUAGGAAAGUCAGAACAGCUGUUACCCACCCCGUGAUUCUCAAAUAAUAAACCAUCACUGUUCUCGGGAACCUUCUGGCCACGUGGUCACCGAGUCGAGCCAGCCCCCUUUCUCUUCCCAGUCACGUGGCUGUGUAUGGAUGGCUUUAAUCUUAGGAGAAGGGCGGUUAACACUUCGGACAGUAUUUUGUUUUGCUUUGAUUUGGGGGAUGUUUUCUUUUGGUGGUUGUUUUGGGGAAAAAAACAAACAGUUUAUAAACUGAUUUUUGUAGUUUUGGUAUUUAAAGCAAAAAAAA